AUGGAAUUAUCUAUUCAAAAUGAAUGUAACUUUUGGAGACAAGUAUUAGAUCGGGUUAUCAAUGUCACAUUAACAUUAGCUACAUCCAACUUGUCUUUUAGAGGUCACCAAGAAACAGAAUUUAAUAAAAAUAAAGACUCUGAUGGUAAUCYUAAGACACUACAAAUAAAUGAAUCAUUUAUUGGCUUUGUAGAAAUUUUAGAUCAAUCAGGUGUUGGUUUAAAAGAAUCUAUUAUUAAUUGUAUUACAAAAAAUAAUUUAAAUUUGUCAAAACUUCGUGGUCAAGGGUAUGAUGGGGCUGCCAACAUGAGUGGUGUAUAYUCAGGUGUCCAGGCUAGAGACUCAGAGUMAUCUGAUAUUUCAAUUACAUUAAAAAGAAUAUGUACCACUCGUUGGUCAUCAAGAAGCAAAAAUAAAGACGAAAUAUUUGAAGCAAAUUAUUUAAAAGUUCAUAUGGAAGAUUUUCAAUUUAUAUUCAAUGUAAUUUUCAUUGGCAAAAUUCUGGAAACUGUGAAUGUUGUAUCAAAAGUUCUUAAGUCUCCUAAACAAGAAUUGAGCACGGGAGUUUCCUUGCUUAAUUCUGCGUUGAUAAAUCUUCAAGAAUACAGGUCACAAUACAACGAACAAAUAUAUAUCUCCGCUAAUAAAUUGGUAGAAUACUAUGAUUCUGAUUUAUCUAAUGCUCUUGCUGGUCAAAUUUUAUCGUUCAGAUCUUGUUUUAAAGAAGAAAUUACAAAACGAACAUCGGUAAAAGCAAUUACUGAAUUACUUGUUAUAGAGUACCCCACAUUAGCAACAACAUUUUCUGAAAUAUGUACAGCAUGCAUGUUAUUUUUGACAUUUCCUGUAACAGUUGCUACAGCGGAACGUUUAUUUUCAAAAUUAAAACUAAUCAAACAUUAUUUACGGAGCACAAUGUGUGAAGAAAGAUUAAGCGGACUUGGAAUUCUAUCUAUUGAAAACGAUCGAAAUCAUGAUCCAUUAUCGUAA